CAACAUAUCAUUGAUGUGCUGCUUGGUGGCAAUCAGGGUGCCUUCAAAAUGCUACCAUUUUUCUAAAAAAGAAAAAGAAGCAACACUUAGUUGAUGCUUGACAUGUCAAUGAGAAUUGAGGAAUAAAAUAAAAUUGUAAGCAGAUGGGCCCCUUGACCCAGUGUGAAGGCACCAGAUGGCCCAAUAAUAAACUGCCGGCCCAUUAUGCCCGCACCUCCCUUCCUCAAAACUCUCCAUUAGCACCCACACCACACACACACACCUUCCUCUCACAACCAACACAGCAAACUCCAACUCCAUUAUUAUUAUUAUUAUCACUCACAACACAAUGCACUCCUCCGCCGAGGAAGACUCCGACAACUCCGCCACAACCGCCACCGCCAGCACGGAGUGGACGUUCUCCGCCAAGUCCCACGCACCCUCCUCGGACCCCUCCUGGGACGCCAUACAGCGCGGCGGCGGCGCCACCCUGGCACUCGGCGACCUCCGGUUCGUGCAGCGCGUGGGGAGUGGCGACAUCGGAAGCGUCUACUUGGUGGAGCUCAAGGGCUCCAGCGGGUGCCUCUUCGCGGCGAAGGUGAUGGACAAGAAGGAACUCGUGGCCAGGAACAAAGACACGAGGGCAAAGGUUGAGAGAGAGAUAUUGCAAAUGGUGGAUCAUCCUUUUUUGCCCACUCUUUAUGCUUCUCUCGAUUCGCCGCGCUGGUCUUGCCUCCUCACCGAGUUCUGCCCCGGCGGCGACCUCCACGUCCUCCGCCAGCGCCAGCCCGAUAAACGCUUCCACCUCGCCGCCGUCAGGUUCUAUGCAUCUGAAGUUGUGGUUGCGUUGGAGUACCUACACAUGAUGGGGAUAAUAUACCGUGAUUUGAAGCCUGAAAACGUGCUCAUAAGAUCAGACGGUCACAUUAUGCUAACAGACUUUGACCUCUCAUUAAAAGGUGACGAUACCGCAUCAACGGCUCAGAUGGUGUUUGAUGAAGAUCCACCCAGCAACACCUGUUCUAAGGAACAUUCCAGGAAGCAAUGCACUCCCACCAUGUCAUCAUGCAUGCUGCCCAAUUGCAUCGUGCCAUCUGUCCCAUGCUUCCACCCAAAACGGGGUCGUAGCAAGAGGUUCUCUCGUUGUGGGUCCCUUGAGAUCAUAGCUGAGCCAAUAGAAAUUCGAUCAACGUCGUUCGUUGGGACCCACGAGUACUUGGCGCCAGAAGUGAUUUCGGGGGAGGGUCAUGGUAAUGCUGUUGAUUGGUGGACCUUGGGAGUGUUCAUUUUUGAAAUGUUCUAUGGGAUCACACCCUUUAAAGGGCUUGAGAAUGAGUUAACCCUAGCUAACAUUGUAGCUCGAGCCCUUGAGUUCCCUAAGGAGCCAAUGAUCCCUGGACCAGCCAGGGAUUUGAUCUCACAACUUUUGGUCAAGGACUCAACAAUGAGACUAGGGUCUACAAUGGGUGCCCUGGCAAUUAAGCACCAUCCAUUUUUCAAUGGCGUCAAUUGGCCAUUGUUGAGGUGUGCUACCCCUCCUUACAUCCCUUCAUCAGACAAGUGCAAGGAGUUGCUUCCUCUCUAUAAUUGCACAAACAAUGCUAUAGACUUCUAUUAGAAGGCCAUAUACAACACCACCUUCCCCAUUGGAUGGAUACAACUCACACGGUUCAUAUACAAAUGAAACAAUACCACGGGAUUACUAAAAUUUGAAGAAGAAAAAAAAAAGCAUUGUGUGUGGAUUUUGUGUAAUUAAUUAUAGUUGUGUAAAAUAAAUCUCUCCUAUUGCAAAAUCAAAGAAGCAAAUCAACGGGCAUGUGUUAGGUGCAUAUGAUGUAUGUGUGCACAGAACUGGAAUUGGUGUAAUUAACAAAUUUAUUUAAUUUUUAGAAAGAGGUACACAAAUCA